AGAUGGAUAUCCAUCGCUCCAGACCAGCGCCGAAAACCGCAUGGACGUCUCAAGCGGCAUGAGAAACAAUCCCAGCUGACAAAAUCCUCUCCCAAGCGAAACAGCUGUGAAGCCUACUUUUUUUUCCUCUAUAAAAAGGUGUGUGCCUCCUACCCAUUGGUUCACCACGGCCCUUACUUGUGUGCUGCCCUGCUUCCCCUGUGAGCCGACCUGGGCGGGCAACCCUUUUCUGCACCACCUGCCCAGGCGAUUCAACAACAGCAUCAAUACUGUUACCCCAGUUACCUCCCACUCCACAGUUUUGGCAACUGUUGACAUGACACGCUCCAAGACCUUCCAGGCUUACCUGCCCAACUGCCAUCGCACAUACAGCUGCAUCCACUGCCGAGCCCACCUCGCCAAUCAUGAUGAGCUCAUCUCCAAGUCAUUCCAAGGAAGUCAAGGCAGAGCUUACCUCUUCAAUUCAGUGGUAAAUGUGGGCUGUGGACCAGCAGAGGAGCGGGUGCUGUUGACUGGCCUACACGCUGUGGCUGACAUUUACUGUGAAAACUGUAAAACCACUUUAGGAUGGAAAUAUGAGCAUGCAUUUGAGAGCAGUCAGAAGUACAAGGAGGGCAAAUUCAUCAUAGAGCUUGCCCACAUGAUUAAAGACAAUGGCUGGGACUGAGUAGGUGUGUCCAUGUUCAAGAGGCAUGGCUCAGCAGACGAGGGUGUUGCUCGUUAAUGGACCGUUUGCUCAUCAACAUCCCCCCUGACUUACAGUUUCAAGUCCUCACUCGCAUACCGAUGCAAGUUCCUGUUUGUAUGUGCAUGCCUGUGCACAUUAUUUUUUGUUACAAAAACUGUCAUAUGGAGAACAGCAUAACGAAUAGCAAACGGUAAACUGCUGAACAAUGCAUGCACACGAAACUUUAUAUCUGUCCUAUGCUGAUGUGUGCUAGAACCUUGGACCUUUUUCUAGCUGGUACACUUUAUACUUGAAUAACAAGGCCCGUCUCAAGGAUCAGCAUCAAAGUUGGAAAUGAUCAUGUUUCUUCCACCACAUAUUCCUUUUACACCUCACCACACCCAACAAGACAUCUUGUUCGAUGUUGCCCACCUUGUUCGGUCCUCCUUCAUGGCCAUUGUAAGAGUUUCAAAGACGUUGUAGACACACUGGUCUGCAUCAUAGACUGUUGGUCAUUCAGACACCAACCAUCCAGCAUAAAAAUCAGCACCUUAUUGUAUGGAGAAAAAAAUGAGACUGAACCUCAUCUGAAAUCAAACUGCUUGACUGUUAAACUGAAAAGAAAAAAAUGCAUAUUUGCCAUUUUGGUUUUGCUUCUGGUUUUAUUAUUUAUUCAAGCAUGUGUUUUAAGUUAUUAACUGUAUCUUUUAUUUAUUUAGUCUUGUUUCAACGUCCACUUACUGAUGCUACCCCCUCUUUUGUUUAUGUUCCUCCCCCGGUCCAGUGGUAGCAAAAAAAAAGAAGAAAGAAGCUGUUACUUGUCAUUUUUUCUUUUUGCCUUUUUUGAAUGUGCUGUUUCUGUCAUGAUUGGAUGUUUGCAAAAUGUGCAAGGUAGUGUUUGAGAGGUUAUUUUCAUUAAGUGUAUUAGCAAAGCGAGGAUACUAAACAUGUUAGCCUCUUUGCUAAGCAAUCAACCCAGGUCAGUAUUAUGUUUACUCCUGAUUGAUGACGUUAAAUAUUUUGGCUCAGUUUUAAAGCUGCUUCCUGUGGAGCCUGCAGUUGAGACUUGUCAGCUUGCAUAUUAUUAUUUUUCAUACUGGCACCUUUCCACCACUUACUCCCUGCUUUUUUUCCCUUCUUUUGUUGAUAGUUUUACUUACAGGUUGGAUUCUUUCUUUACCCAGAGAACCAAUACAUCUGAAUGUGUUUUGGUAUUAAAGCCAGAAUGUCAGUGAUGUGGAUUUACCCAAUCAGGGGGAGUUAAAACACUAUGCCACAACUCCAGUACCAAAGACCGUCACACUAACUAGUAGUUAACCAACAAUGGGAGUCAGUGAGACAAUGCAUGUGUCAGGAAGUCUGAACAAAAGAUUGUGAUUGGUACAGAGCCAAUGUGGAAGGCAGGCCUUUCUCUGUGACAUCCUGAUUAUCAGCUGUACAUUUACUUUGAACCUGAACAUUGCAUCGCAAUAAGCUGUAUUGCAUUAUGUAAAUAGCCAUAAAAUCAAUGUUUUAUUUAUUUAUUCACUUAAGUUGGUUGAUUGAUGAUUUUAGUGUAUGCUCUGCUGUCUGUAUUGGGACCCACUUAUGGGACAAGUUAGAUUUCCUACUUUUUUACACUUUGAGGAAAAAAAAUGUGGAAGUUUUAGUGUCUUUUGUAAA